CGGGAGCUGCCGGCGGGCCGGGCGGGGAGCGAGGCCGGGAUCGCGGAGCGCUGUGGGGCGCGGGGCUGUGUGCGGGGGGCGCAGGGCUCUGUGCCGGGCUCACGGCUCUGUGCGGGACUCUGCGCGGAUCGCGCGGCGCUGCCGCCGUGUCCCAUGUCGGCUCCGUUCGAGGAGCGCAGCGGGGUGGUGCCCUGCGGGACGCCUUGGGGCCGCUGGUACCAGACGCUGGAGGAGGUGUUCAUCGAGGUGCGCGUCCCGCCGGGCACCCGCGCCAAGGACGUGCGCUGCAGCCUGGGCAGCCGGCACAUCGCCCUGGCCGUGUGCGGGCAGGAGCUGCUGCAGGGUAAACUUUUUGACUCUACAGUAACUGAUGAAGGAACGUGGACCUUAGAAGACAGGCAGCUGAUCCGAAUUGUUCUUAUGAAGACAAAUAGAGAUGCUGGAAACUGCUGGACAUCUCUGUUAGAAAAUGAAUAUGCUGCUGAUCCUUGGGUACAGGACCAGAUGCAAAGGAAACUUACACUGGAGCGAUUCCAAAAAGAAAACCCUGGGUUUGACUUCAGUGGGGCAGAAAUUUCUGGAAACUACAGCAAAGGAGGACCAGACUUUUCUAGUCUUGAAAAGUGAACUUUUUUUACGUGAUCCUUUAGACAAAUUACACAUUACAGUUAAGGACUGGAAUCAUGUAACUGUUGAAGACUUCAGUGAUCUCUUCAAUGGAUGGUUGUCAGAAGUACUCACUUUGGUGAAGAGAAAGAAGAUCCUUUCCAGCAGAAUGAAGACAAAAUGUUACCAGCUGAUUUAUAAGCUGUGGUAACUUUAUGAUACUAAGGCACAAACUGUAGAGAAAAGUGUACAUAAAAAAGUAACAUCUUUAGGCAGAAUGUUUGGUUUGGGUGAUUUUUUCUUUUUAGAAACACCACAAUAAAUGCAUGACUUACACUGUUCA